AUGGGCUUCCACGCGCGCGAUGGUCACGCCGAAGCAGCAGAACCGAGUUAUGCCACUGACGACGUGCACUGUGUAGGCCAUGCGAGCGCCAUGUUCCUGGGGAAGAUUUGGGUUGUCGGUGGGCAAACAGACAAGUACACGACGCGGCAGCUGAUUGAUACGACCCGGCGGUCCGACGUGUGGACUUCUAUCGACGGCAACAUGUGGCGUGCUGUCGUUGAUGAAGCACCGUUUCCGCGCCGGUUUGGCCACUCGUUGACGGUGUUUCCAGAACCAGCGCUCAAGAAUACACCAAUUAUGGUACUCAUGGGCGGCUUCAGUCCCAUUCCUGCCAACGACAUUUGGUACACUCGCGACGGCCAGACAUGGGAAAUGGUGACAUAUGCUGUGCCAUGGAGUCCACGAGGCUGGCAUUGCGCGUUUGUGUUUAAUCAGCGGUUUUGGGUCGCCGGGGGGACUCCAUUGAACAACGAAGUGUGGUCCACAGACUCGAUCGUGCAAGGCAGUUGGAAGCAAAUGGCCACGCCAGAGUGGUCUCCUCGAGCUGCCCAUUCGUGUGUGAACCACCAGGUGAAGAACGCGACGGUGGGCGAUGCCUCGACACAGGACGUCGUGUUUCUCCUGGCGGGAUGGGGCAGAAACAGCGAGCUUAUGAACGACGUUUGGAGCUUGGACAAGUCAAAUUCGUGGACCCAGCAAACGGCGGCCGCUCCGUGGCCUGCCCGUGCUUGGACUGCGGCCAUCUCGUUCAAUUCGUUGACGCAAGGCGAUGCGAUUCAAGGCCCCCGGCUAUGGAUGUUUGGCGGCGGCCGAAUUGGCAAUGGCGUCCACUCCAUGUUCACGUACUCGGACGUGUGGGUGACUCGCGAUGGAGAAUCGUGGAUCGGGACGAGCUCCGACCGCCUCGGCCAGUCGACGGUCGAGUGGUGUCAGGUCACCAUGGGCGAUAAAAAGGUGUGCUUUGGCAAGUGGGGCCACUCAGUUGUCCUGCACCAGCGAAACCUGUCGGCAUCGGUAAACGUGUGCGGCACCCAGUGCACGACCAACGACAAAGCGACGGUCCUGAGCGGCACCUUGAUCGGCCAGUGCAACUCGUCGAUACCACCGCCUGCUGCGACAACAACGUCCCAACUCGUUGGAAACCUGUACCAACUGAGCACGCAAACAUCGGAUGGAUGUGGAACGUGCGCGACCGCUCGGUACUACGACGAGGUCACGGUGCCCGCAGUGUUGUUGAUUGCAGGGUCGUCUGGAGAUCACAAAGUGUCGGACGUGUUUCGGUCCACCGAUUUCUUCCUGUGCGAAAUCGACGGCCAAGUGUGUGGCAACCAGGGGUACUGUGGCCGGGGCGGUGUUUGUGUGUGCGACCCUGGCUGGUGCGGAGACUACUGCCAGGACCCACUGCCACCGUCCAAGGCCGCGCGAGUGCCGUCCACGUCGUUCGGCGUCGUGUGGCUCGUCGUGUGGUUGAAAGCGUUGUCAUAA